UGUGAAUCGAACUUGUUAAAAAGAACCGAUUCUUUUGAGAACCUCGCCAGGUUCUCGCUCUCUAGGAGGAGAGAGAGAGAGACAAAGAGAAAGAGAGAAAUACAGAGAGAGAGAGACAGAUACACAGUGUAUGUUCUGUAUGAACAUUAAAAAAAUACUUCAAAUAAGUUUGAUUCUGUUGGACGUGUGAAUCGAACUGCUUCAAAAGAACCGAUUCGUUCAGGAGGUGGAUCUCGCUAGUUACUCCCUCUCUGAGAGAGAGAGAGAGAGAGAGAGAGAGACGCAGGCAAACCAACACCUUUGAGCCGAAAGUUAGCCCAGCCCGGGGCUAAGAGGCGCUAGCUAGUAGUUUUCGACUGGUUAACCUUGGAGGAAAGCAGCGAAGCGCGGCGGCGGAUUUUACCGGAGGGCUUUCGUUCGCGUGGCGCCGAGUUUCGGACCUGUUGCGGAUCCACCGAGAGGCCGAGCUGCUCGCUACUCCCCUCAGUGUGUGUUGGGGAUGCUGGGCUUUCUCCGCGGUUUGCGUCCAGCGUUCCCUCUCCGAGUUCAUAGCGAAGUGGCCGCUCACUGAGGAGGCACCAUGCACGUGUCUCUGGCGGAGGCUCUGGAGGUGCGAGGAGGUCCGCUGCAGGAGGAGGAGGUGUGGGCCGUGCUGAGCCAGAGCGCCGAGAGUCUGCAUGAGCUGAUGCGCACAGAUCCCGCUGCUCUGGGGUUUAUCAUCUCCCCCUGGUCUCUGCUGCUCAUGCCUUCCGGAAACAUCUCCUUCACGGACGAAAAUGUGACUCAGCAGGACCUGAGAGCGUUCACCGCCCCGGAAAUCCUCGAGGGCCUCAACCUCUCCUCCGUGUCGGACAUAGAGAAGAUGCACAUGUACUCCCUCGGGAUGACUCUGUUUUGGGGGGCCGACUAUGAGAUUCCACAAAGCCAGCCUAUGAAGCUCAGUGAGCACCUGAACGGGAUUCUGCUGAAGAUGUGUGAGGACUCCACGCUCUCCCGUCUGUCCGUGCGCUCCAUCCUGAACGCCUGCAGCACGCACAUCCGCAACUCCACCUGCGACCCCGCCUUCUCCUACGUACGCAAGCUGGUGCGCCUGGUGCUCGGGAGCCUCUCUCAGCUGGACGGUUUGCUGUCUCAGACGGAGCGGGAGUCUCUUCCUGAGAGGAGCAGAGAGAUUCGGGACAGGCUGAGAGGGAAAGGUCUGCCUGCAGGGAGAAGCGCGGCCCACCGUGUUUUGGAGCGGUAUCGGGCCCGGACCCAGGACCAGGCCCUUAACCGUGGCUUGAGUCGCUCCAUGGGCUCCCUGCCCAUCCAGGACGUCCUCAGAGCGGAUGACGGCGUUCCUCGGUACCCUCCGUCUGACUACGGCCCGGGCUCGGAGACGUCCAGCGAGCUGUACCCUCAGCAGCAGACCCGGGGUCGACCCGUGGAGGCGGACCGCCGCUCACUGCCCCACCACAGGAAGAAAAACUGGGCGUCCUCGGUGGACCUGGCCUGUCUGGACCCGGACAUGCUGCGGUUCGGCGCGCUGGAGGACGCCCGGCGGGGCAGCACCGCCCUCAGCACCCGCUCCGUGGGCCGACCCAAAUCGGCCGCCCGGGCCUGGGAGACGCGCUACCCCGAGUUCGGCAGCCUGGAGGCCAGAAAGACCCACCAUCACUCGUCCCAGUCCGUGGGCGGAGCCUACGACAAAUUCAGAGAGCGACACAGGAAGCUGCACGCGCUCAGUCAGGCCAUUGACGACCCCAUGCACACCCACAGAAGUUACCAUAGCGACUACAGCUCUUCCAGCGAGAGUCCAUCAGUCACCUCGUCAGAUCCAGACUACAAGCACGCUAAAAGAUCGGACGAGAUGAGGAGGUUUGGAUCUCAGGUGGGCCUGACGGAGAGCGACGGUGUGCCGCUCGGCGCUGGACAGAGGCACAGACUGUAUGAUCGUGGGCAGGAGGAGCUGAUUGGGACGGACCUGCUGAUGCACAGGCCAGACGAGAUCCGCAGGCUUCAGGCCCGUCUGUCUCGGGCCAGCCUUUAUCCCAGCGACGACCCCCGCGCUUCCAUCGCCGACCUGCGGGAACCGCUACGGACCAACCUGCUGGACACGGGUGGCCUGCAGCCUCGCAAAGCCAAAAACGUCUUCGGUCCAGAGUUUGUGAAGAUGGCCAGUGAACCCUGUGUGGUUUUGAAUGUCCCCGCCUCCAUCAUGAAUAAGCGAGGGAAGGUGGAGGAGAGCCAGAGGAAGGUGGGCGUGGUGCUGCUGAACGGUCAGAAGCUGGAGGUGAGCUGUGAUGUGAAGGCCGUGUGUAAAGACGUGCUGGACAUGGUCAUCGCUCACGUGGGCCUGGUGGAACAUCACCUGUUCAGCCUGGCCUUCCUCAGAGAUGACGAGUUCUUCUUCAUCGACUCGGACACCAAACUGUCGAAGGUGGCGCCCGACGGCUGGAAGGAGGAUCCCAAGAAGAAGAAAACCGACGUCAGCUUCAACUUGUUUCUGCGCAUCAGGUUCUUCCACGACGACGUGAACUUCAUCCAGCACUUCAUGACCAAACACCAGUACUACUUACAGCUGCGGAAGGAUAUUUUGGAGGAGCGGCUGCGCUGUGACAUGGAGAAUGCGAUGAUCUUGGCCUCUCUGGCACUGCAGGCAGAGUUUGGUGACUACCAGUCUGAGCUCCAUGGAAAGACGUAUUUCCGGACGGAGCAUUACCUGCCUGCCUAUGUGAUGGAUAAGCUGGACCAGAGCUCCAUUAAGGAGGAGCUUUCCAAACUACACAGCACGUAUUACGGCGCCAAAGAGGACGAGGCUGAAUAUGAGUUCCUCAAGGUGAGUCAGCGGCUGACCGAGUACGGCGUUCACUUCCACCGCGUCCUGCCGGAGAAGCGCUCUCAGACUGGCAUCCUGCUGGGCGUCUACUCCAAAGGCGUCCUCAUCUUCGAGGUCCUGAAUGGAAAUCGGACUCCGGUGCUGAGGUUUCCCUGGAGAGACACCAAGAAGAUCUCCUUCACGAAGAAGAAGAUCUGCCUGCAGAACACGUCAGAUGGGAUCAAACAUCUGUUCCAGACGGACAGCCAGAAGACCUGCCAGUACCUGCUGCAGCAGUGCACCGCCCAGCACAAGUUCCACCUGCACCUGAAGACCAGGCAGAGCAACCAGGAGCUGCAGGAGCUUCAGGAGCUGGAAAACUCCCCUCUGAGAGGUCCAGACAGUUUGGACAGGACAGUCAGUGUGGUCAGUUUGACUCCAAGCACUCCCGGCUCUCGUUCUGACCCUGACGCAUUAAAGCAGAUCUCCUCUGAGCUCGCCAUUACCCGGGGUCUCCCUGCGCGCCUCUCUAGCCCCGAGGAGGGCUCCUUUCCCGGAUUCAGCUCCAGCUCCAACCCCCGGCUGAAGAGCCGCUCCCAUCACAACCUGGGCCAGGUGCCCGAGUCUCCGGAGCGCAGAGCGGCGCCCUUCAGCAGCCAAUCACAGAGCGGCACCGUUCGGCCUCAGUCCCUCGCAUUGUCACAUCAGCGCGCCAGCUCGGACACCGACUCCAUCACCGUCACCAGACAGCAGGAGGGCUCUUUCAGCUCCGCCACCCGAGACGCUCCCAGCUGGAGCCCCAAAAGCCAGAAGAAGGAGUCCGACUCUUCGUCCUGCGAGGAGACCGGUCAGGCGUACGUCAUAGGUGUGAGCAUGCUCAGUUCUGGCCUGUCCUCCACUCCGGCCUCCUCUGUGGGGAUCAGUGACUCCCUGAAGAAGAAGCUGAACGCCUUGCCUCCCCCUGAGCGAGAGAUUAAGGCUGUCAAUCUGAAGAAGGAUGUGAAGUACGGACUGGGCUUUCAGAUCAGCGGAGGAGAGAACUCGGGCCGGAUGGACCUGGGCACCAUCAUCAGCUCCAUCACUCCGGGGGGGCCUGCUGACAUUGACGGUUCUCUGAAACCAGGUGAUAGACUGCUCAGUGUGAAUGAUGUCAGUCUGGAAGGUGUUCCUCACGAGGAAGCCGUAGAGAUCCUGCAGAGUGCUCCAGAUGAUGUCACCCUGGUGGUGUCCCAGCCCAGAGAGAGGCUGUUCCCAGACUCUCCGUCGGAUUUCUCUCUCUACAAAACCCCGCCCCCUCAGGCCUCGGCCGCAACCAGAGAGGAAGUAGAAGUGGAUUCUUCCUCUGAGGAGCAGACGGGCUCCCCCAGCCCUCCUCCUCCCUCCUCCAGUAGGAACGGGGUCUCCCAGGCCGCCCCUGCGGGUCGCCGGCAGGAGAGCCUCAGCUCGCAGGACUCCAAAAGCGACAGAUCCAGCCUCUCACAGACUCAUCUCAACGGCUUCCACCGAAACGCUCCAGAUGAGGUUACGGCUCCGGCGCAGUCCACCACCCCUGACCACGAGUCUACGGUCGACGCUACCCCACCGGCCCUGCCGCCGAAAACCCGCAAAGCCAAAAGCCCAGAAGCGCCUAAAGAGCGGGAGCACUCGGACAGAGGAGACUCGGACAUGGACGAGGACACGUACUCGAGCAGCCACGAAACGCAAAAGUCCAAAAAGGAGAUAUCACCCAACUCCGUCACGGACACAUUAACUGGUAGUGACCCAGAAGUCAAUAGUCUCCAACCUGGAGAUCUAUAUGACGUUGAGCUGUCGAAAAAAGACGGCAGUCUGGGCAUUAGUGUCACGGGCGGCUCCAACACGACAGUGAGGCACGGUGGGAUAUACGUCAAAGCAGUCCUCCCUAAAGGAGCAGCCGAGCUGGACGGAAGGAUCAAGAGGGGGGACCGUGUGGUGGCUGUGAACGGAAAGAGUCUGGAGGGAGCCACUCAUAAGCAAGCUGUGGACACUCUGAGGGACACAGGGCAGGUGGUGCAGCUGGUGCUGGAGAGAGGGCAGCUGCUGGCGGAGAGCGUGCAUGCCCCUCUGACCCCUCAGGGCACUUCAAACCUCAGAGAGCCCAAACCUGCAGCUCCUCUGGACGAGUCCAGUGCAGCGAACAAACGCCAGCAAGAAUACAGCUUCAUCACUCCAGAUAACGUGUUUGAGGUGAGUUUGCUGAAGAACUCCUCUGGCCUCGGGUUCAGCUUCAGCCGGGAGGAGAACGUUCCAGAAGAACCGCCCAGCACCAGCAUGGUUCGGGUCAAGAAGCUGUUUCCGGGGCAACCAGCUGCCGAGAGCGGCCUGAUCGAAGUGGGAGACGUCAUCCUGCGUGUCAAUCAGACGUCACUCAAAGGGCUCUCUCAGCAUGAGGUGAUCUCAGCGCUGAGAGGGACAGGUCAGGAGGUCACCCUGCUGCUGUGCAGGCCUGAAACUGGAGUCCUUCCCAAGAUAGAUUCCUCCAACCAGACUCCCGUUGUGUCUCCGCGGAAGGAGCCCCCGCCGAAGCCGAAGCCAAAGCCUGCCCCCAGACCGCCUUCUCCUCCGCAGGCGGAGAGGCCGCUGGGCCCUGUGGAGCAGGUUCUGGAGAGGCUGCUGAUGAAGUCGCCCAGCCGCAGGGACAGCUACAGCGACAGUACUGAUGAUGAGGAGGUGGAGGAGGCCUUCAGCCCUGCCAGACUGGAGCAGGACAGCCAGAGCUGGGACCGGAGCGUCUACCAAACCCCCAGCGCCAACCUGGCCCUGGGCAGACCCGGGCAGUACGAGACACCCUGUGAGCUGGACGACUCCGUCCGCUCGGCCUACUUCUCCCCCAGCCAGUCUGCUAGCAGGACAGACGUCGGCAAACGGCCUCCCUCUUUGUCCCCUCUUCUCUCUGAGCUGAAGUCGGCGGUGGCGCUGUCCGGUGGGGCGGGUCUGAACCCCAGUCCGGACCCCCUGCCCCCUCCACUGCCUAACCCCGUCAACCUCACCCUCUCUGACCAGAGCCAAGAGAUGGACGACUUUCUGCCCGAGGUGGAGCUGAACGUGUCUCUGGUGAAAUCAGAUAAAGGAAGUUUGGGGUUCACCCUGACGAAAGGAAAUGACCACAACUGCUACAUCCACGACAUCAUCCAGGACCCCGCUAAAGGAGACGGCAGACUGAGGCCCGGCGACCGCAUGAUCAUGGUCAAUAACACAGACGUGUCCGGUAUGAGUCACACUGAGGUGGUCAACCUCGUCCGAGCUGCACCCAGAGUGGUGGAUCUGGUGGUGGGGCGUAUCUUAGAACCCCCAAAACCACCAAUCGAGGCCCACCUUCUGCCUGACAUCACCUUCCAUUGUCCCAGCGAUUCUCUGGGUCUGGUGCUGGACGGAGGUCGGGACAGUGAUCUGGGGGUGCUGUAUGUGAAGGACAUUGUGCCGGGCUCCACGGCUGCUUCAGAGGGAAGCCUCAAACAGUUGGACCUCAUCCACUACAUCAACGGGGCUCCCACUCAGGACCUGACGCUGAGCGAGAGCCGCAGGCUGCUGGAGCUCUCUCUGAGGGAGCUCACCCUGAAGGCCACCAGGGAUGGGAAGCCGGUGUGUCCUGAGCUCGAGAGUAUCUCCAUCCUGAACAACAACCUCGGCCCUAAAGACGGCACCUCGUCCGGUAUGAACGGUUUCCUCCAUAGCAGUGAUCCUGAUUUGGAGGCCGUCUGUCCCCCUGAGGAGCAGAUGAUCCAGCUGCAGUUGGAGAAGCCGCCAGCAGGGGGCCUGGGCUUCUCCGUGAUUGGUGGAGAGAGAGGGAUCUUUGUGAAGUCCAUCACUCCGGGAGGCACGGCGCACGCUGACGGGACGCUGCAGGUCGGAGAUCGUCUGCUCAAAGUGAAUAACGAGCUGAUGGCCGGUGUGUCUCACUCCAAAGCUGUCGCCGCCAUCCGAAAGACUAAAGGAGUCGUUCACCUCGUGGUGUCUCGGCCUCCUGACCAAACACCCACCACGUACCUUGGCUUCCUGCCCCCGAACUCCAGCACCUGCAACGGCAACACAGAUGUGAGUGAGGACAGUGGGGUGAAGACUAAACUGUGCAGUUCACCGGAGGCACGCAAGUCCAGAAGUCCUCCUUCCCUCCCACCUAUAGACUAUGAUGGUUCUCUGGAGAGGCAGAAGAAGCCGGAAGCUGAUGUGUCUGAAGACACAGACUGUGAUGGUUCCUCUCUCCCUGAAGAUUCUCCAGAGACCUCAAGGAAGGCGGAGUGGCAGGAGCAGAAUGUGGACAUUCCACAGAAUGACAGUUUCCUGCAGUCAUCCUCAGGGCAGCUGGACGAGGAUGAGAUCACGUGGGGAAGUGAUGACCUUCCUAUAGAUGACAUAAACUCCAAAUUCACCCAAGAUGGUCCCAUCAUCACUGAGGACGAGCUGACGUCUCUGCCGCUGGUGAAGGUGGUUCCUGACGGUCAGUACACCGGGCCGAAGCUGAACUCCGUGGUGCGGAUGAUGAGAGGACUGCUGGAGCAGAAGGUUCCCCUGCAGGAGUUCGAGAAUCUCCAGAACCUGCAGCCUCUGGACGACUGCCUGAUUGGUCAGACUCAGGAGAACAAGAAGAAGAACCGUUAUAAAAACAUCGUGCCCUUCGACACCACCCGAGUGCUCCUGGGCAAAGACGGCGGCUACAUUAACGCCAACUUCAUCAAGAUGCCGGUGAAGGACGAGAACUUCCAGUACAUCGCCUGCCAGGGGCCGCUGCCCACCACGCUGGGAGACUUCUGGCAGAUGGUGUGGGAGCAGAAGUCCAACGUGAUCGCCAUGAUGACCCAGGAGGUGGAAGGGGGGAAGAUUAAAUGCCAGCGCUACUGGCCCGACACCCCCCGCACGGCCGAGAUGGUGGACGAGAGGCUGCAGAUCACUCUGGUCAAAGACCAGCACCUGGACAACUUCAUCAUCCGCCUCAUCGAAGUCAAGGAUAUCCAGACCAAUGAAAUCCAGAGAGUGACGCACCUGAACUACACGGGCUGGCCUGACCACGGCACUCCCACACAGCCGGAGCAGCUCUUAACCUUCAUUUCCUACAUGAGACACAUCCACCAAUCAGGGCCCAUCAUCACCCAUUGCAGCGCUGGGAUUGGCCGGUCUGGAACGCUCAUCUGCAUAGACGUGGUGCUCGGACUCAUCAGCAAAGACGCAGACUUUGACAUCUCGGAUGUCGUGCGGACCAUGAGACUUCAGAGACAAGGCAUGGUGCAGACAGAGGAACAGUAUAUUUUCUGCUACCAGGUGAUUCUCUAUGUGCUCCGAUGUCUGCAAGCUGAGGAGAAAAUCUCAGGCUGAGAACCGAGGACUGUUACUGCCUUACUGCGAAAGCUGGAACGCCAACGAGAACUUCCUUAAACUUACGAUCAAACUUGCCUUACGAUGUUACACACGUGUUUUUAACAGUUUUGUACAUUCCUGUUUGGGUUUCCUUCCCUUUAAAUGCUGUUUAUUAAAGAUGCAACAAUGGAAACCAUCGGUUUUAUAAUUUAUCUCUAUUUUUCGCUACUUUUUACAGAAAUGAUUGAGCAUAAGUGAUGAAUAAAUUCCUAUUUUAUGUGGAACAAAACCAUUCAUGUGUAUUUUAAAGUGAUAUGAUGCUGGAACUUGUUGCCUCGACAGAAAACGACGACAGUAUUUGCUUUGUAAAUCGAUUAUCGAUCGCUGAGUGCCAGAGGUAAUCAAUGAAAUGGAAGUGUACAUAUUUAUCACAUGGAAACUGUUGAUAUGUUUAAACUGUUACAUACUGGACAAUUUGCAAUUUGUAAAUAAAAGAGUAUCAGCCUUUAAGCUUUUCACUUUAA